AUGAGAAAAAGUUCUACUUGUCAAACUUCAGUAGGAAUGCAGAUCUCCGAGUUAAAACGAUUGAAUCAUUUAAUUCAAGAUCAAGAUUUUUUCGGGUUAAAAUACGUGAAAGUGCCGAUAAGAAAACACGGAAUAAUGUCCGAAACUUUGGACCACAAAAAUAUUCGUUCUCACGGACAAGCGAGUGGUGCUUCGUACAACGGUGCUUCUUAUAACGGUGAUGAGAAUUAUAAUGACAAGGAGCCAUUACUUUCCAUGGAGGAAUCAGACUCCGCUCAUGAUUUCAGUGACCCAGAUAUGCAAAUGAAAAUAAUACGCACUCUAAGUAUUAAAGAUAAUUUUUCUAGCCAAGGAAAAGAAGCAGAAGAAUUUUUAAAAAGUAUGGACAAAGAUUUAGAGAAGGUUCGGAAUUCGUCGCGAGGAGAGCGAGGUUCGUUAAAUGAAGUGAUAUCAGUGUUAGGAAAUAAAACUAUUUUUCCAUUACACGCCAAAAGACAACCAGAACAUUUAAACGGUGCUGACUGUGGUAUAAGAUGGUGGAGUAUUUUGUUGAUAAUAUUUUUCGUUGUUAUUGUAUUGCCGUUAGGAUAUACUUAUUGGGCUGCUCAGGUUACAUGUUAUAGUAAACAGAGAGUUUUACACUGUGCCAUCUAAGAUACUGUACAAGGUUUAUUUUUGUAUAAAAAGUGCUUCUAGAUAAUCAAACUUUGGAAUUCUGCUCAAAAUAUUAUUACAAUAUUCAUGAAUGUGCAGAUGUGAUUUUGAAUAUUUUCUGUAGAUUCAGAAUCAAUGUAGUUUGUAAAGUUUAAAGUAAAGUCAAUAUAUUUGAACCUAUUCAGGUACUAUUCAAAAAAAUUCUAUAUAUGGCAGUGUCUCAAAAUCAGACAACUGCUCUUUUUAACUUUCAAAUGCUGAUAAUUCUGGACACACAUGGAUUUGAAGGCUCAAAUACGACGAUGAGCUGUGAACAUUAUUACUAAUUGGCUCAGCUAAACAAUAAAA